UACAGUGGCCAAGAAACUGAUGAGAGCAGAGAUCCCGCCACAAGUCCCGAAGAGGACAUCACAACUGAAGGCAGAGGCAGAUUUGAAAGAGAAAUGGUGGAUGCUGUCAGCACGGAUGGGGAAGCCGUCUCUGAUGGAGAAGUGGGGUCCAUUGGAGAGUCUCCCCCAGAAACAGAAGUGGAAUUCAUUGGAGAGACUUCCUCAGGAACAGACAUGGAACGCACUGGAGAGAACAUACCAGAAAUAGAGGUGGAUGCCGAAAAAGUCAGCACGGAUGGAGAAGUGGGAUCCACUGGAGAGGCUCCCCCGGGAACGGGUGUGGAACCCGUUAGAACCGUGACAGAACUAGAAAUUGAAUCCGCUGGAGAAGACACCUCAGAAACAGACGUGGAAACCAUUGGAAAGGCCAUCCUGGGAAUGGACUUGGAAUCUAUUGGAAGUGCCACACAGCAGAAGACAGCUAAGCAAGCUGGAAAGGUCAGAUCCAGAGAGGAAGUGGAACUCACCGGAAGAGCUGCCCCAGAAGGGGAAUUUGAAGUUUCCGACCAAGAAAAAACAGAAGGCCAUCUCUCCGAGUUGGACGAUCUCUCUGAGCUAAUCAGCUCUCCUGAGUUCUCCUACUCUGAUGUCAGUCCCUGGGAAAUGGGUGGGGAGGAGACCGCCUCAGCAACCACCACCGACACAUCCCGGCAGGGCAUCUACGAGCCCGUAGAGCCCGUGGAACACAUGGAGCCGAUUGCAGAGCCAACGGAGCCCGUGGAGGAUGGCACGGAGAGACCCCCAGAGCCUCCCCAUCAAAGAGUCUUUCCUAUGGGGGCGCGGCACCGCUUCAGGCUGAGCAUUAUGGGAAGUCUGACUCCCUCAGACAUUGACGAUCUUCCCCUGGAACCCGAGGAAACGCCUCAGGAGGAGUCAGUGCCGUCACCUAUCAGAGCCCGUGAAGAAACCCGGAUACAGUUCCUAGACCAGGUCCAGACCCUCAGCCCCGAGGCACUGAUGGAAAGAGCCACGUCUGAAGGGAGUGACGAGGCAGAGGAGGAAGGCGCCCAACUGAUGGUGCUGGACCCAGACCACCCCCUGAUGAUCAGAUUCCAGGAGGCCCUGAAGAGCUACCUCAACCGGCAGAUGGACAAACUGAAGCUGGACAUCCAAGAGCUGGACGUGGCCACCAAGCAAACCCGAAACCAGAGGCAGGAGCUGGGCGUGAACCUCUACGGCGUCCAGCAGCACCUGGCCCGCCUGCAGAUGCAGCUGGAGAAGAGCCACGACCGCCACUCUCUGGCCGCCUGCGAGCGGAGGAGGAAGGAGGAGGAGCUGCAGUGCGCCCGCGCCCUCUACAACAAGACCUGCGCCACCGCCAACGAGGAACGAAAGAAGCUGGCCGCCCUGCAGACCGACAUGGAGAGCCUGGCUCUGCACCUCUUCUACAUGCAGAACAUAGACCAGGAUGUGCGCGACGACAUUCAAGUCAUGAAGCAGGUAGUGAAGAAGACGGAGGCAGAGAAGAUGCAUGCGGAGAUAGAGAAGAAAAAGCAGGACCUGUUUGUGGACCAGCUCACCGAAAGGGCACACCAGCUAGAAGAAAACAUCGCCCUGUUUGAGGCUCAAUACUUGUCCCAGGCUGAGGACACCCGGGUCCUCAGGAAAGCAGUGACUGAGGCCAGCACAGAGAUUGACACCAUUGUCAUGGAGAAGAAACGCAUCCUGCAGCAGUGGACCACCAGCCUAGUGGGCAUGAAGCACCGUAACGAGGCGUACAGGACAGUGAUGGAUGCGUUCAGGGAGUGUGAGCAUCAGGUAAAGUCCAUAGACAGUGAGAUCGAAGCCUACAAGAAGUCCAUCAUGCAGGAGGAAGAGAAAAACGAGAAGUUGGCACGCCUGCUGAACCGCGCAGAGACAGAGGCCACGCUGGUGCAGAAAAUGACCACCCAGUGCUUAAGCAAGCAAGAGGCUCUGCAGACAGAGUUCAACACGUACCAGCUCGCCCUGCAGGACACGGAGGAGAUGCUGAACAAGGGCUAUGUGGAACACUCGGCGGUCUUGAGUGAGCUCCAAGUCACCCGCCAGGCUGUCCACCAGGAGCAGGAGCUACGGCAAAAGAUGGACAUGUCCAUCCUGGACAAGCUGCAGGAACACGGGACCUCCAGCAAGAUGACCAAGUACUUCCAACAGCUCCUUCGGAAGCUGCAGAAGGAAAACACCAACCUGGUGACGCAUCUUUCAAAAAUUGACGGCGAUAUCGCCCAGGCCACCCUGGACAUCACCAACACCAACUGCAAGGUAGACAUGCAUAAGAAGACGCUGGCGGAGCUGGACAAAGAGGUGAAGAGAUUCAAUGAACUGAUCACCAACAGCGAGAGCGAGAUCGUCCGGCGCACCAUCCUCAUCGAGAGGAAGCAGAGCCUCAUCAACUUCUUCAACAAGCAGCUGGAGCAGAUGGUGUCCGUGCUGGGGGGGGAAGAAGCCGGACCCCUGGAACUGGAGAUCAAAAGGCUGUCGAAGCUGACAGAGGAGUUAAACACUGGAGUGGCUGAGGCGCAGAUGACCUGGCUGCGACUGCAGCAGGAACUAGUCCAGGUCACGCAUGAGCGCGAGGAGCAGCUGCUGUCCGUGGAUCAGCUGAAGAAGGAGGUGCACAUCAUGGAGCAGAAGAAGCUUCGCAUAGAGAACAAGAUUGAGCAUGAGAAGAGGGAGCAGAAGAUCGUGAGCCGCCACAUGAGGGACCUGGACAACGACCUGAGCAAGCUCAACAUGCUGUUGGACAAGAACCGGUGCAAUUCGGAGCUGCUGGAGCAGAGCAACGUCGUGGCGGAGACGGAGUUCACGCGCACGCUGAAGGACGCAGAGAGAGAGACCAUCCAAAUGCAGGAAAAGCUGACCGAACUCUCUGAGGAAAAGGCCACCCUCCUCAACAGCCUAGUGGAGGCCGAACACCAGAUCAUGCUCUGGGAGAAGAAAAUCCAGCUGGCCAAGGAGAUGCGCAACUCCGUGGAUUCUGAGACGGGGCAGACAGAGAUCCGAGCCAUGAAGGCCGAGAUCCACAGGAUGAAGGUUAAGCAUGCACAGCUACUGAAGCAGCAGGAGAAGAUGAUCCGUGACAUGGAGCUGGCUGUGUCCCGCAGGGAGACCAUCGUCAUCCAGGCUGAAGGGCAGAGCAAGAUAGACAAGAAGAUGAUCACCAAGACAGACUUCCACUACCAGCAGGGCGAGCUGCGGAAGAAAAUCAGGGAGAUUCACAAGGCCACAGAUGAUUGCGCCAACACCAUCUUAGAACUCGAAGAGACCCAGAAGCUCCUAAGCAGCUCCCUCCAAGAGAAGCAGCAGUUGCUGUCAGAAAUGCAGGGCGAUACCGAUGUUCUCGAAGAGGAGAUCAGCCUGCUCACCGUUCUCAAACGGCAGAACCUUCUGGAGAUCGUGACCCUGCAGACCCGGGCCAAGCACCUGCAGGCCGCCGUGGACGGGAAAUACGUGUACCUGCACCGCAACAGCAAGUCCCAGCAGAUGGAGCGCAAGCGCCUGAGCACACGGCUGACCCAGCUCAACACCGUGCUCUCCCGCGUGCAGGAAGACUACCCCCAGUACCAGGAGCUGCUGCAGAAAAUUCAGCAGAAGAUCACCACCAAGCUGGAGUCCCCAGAUCCCUCCUAGACAGCACCUGGCCCGCACCUUCCAGGGCUGUCUUGGAAGCAGACCCCGGGGGAGUCGCCCCGGGUUCUGAAAAGCCAUGUGUCCCCUAGCACGACACCCUGUCAGGCCAGACACGUGAGUCGUAGCCUCUCCGCUGUUCACACCAGGUCAGGUGUGAUGCAGCCACCCCUUCCCGAUGCUUUGAGCAUGCCUACGGAGGCACUACCUGGGUGUGGAAGCAAUCCACGCUCCUGUGGGGCUUACCCACCCUGGGAAGACCACCCUGUUGGCAGUUCUAAUCUGCGCCCAGCACCUCUCACUGUCCUGGGGAAGGCCCUCAAUUUUGUAGCGCAAGUAAUGGAGAGAGGAUCCCAAAGAAGCCAGGAACGACAGACUGUUCGAGCCUUGGGAACGCCUGCUCCAGCCCAUCUGAAGCCCAGAAGAUACCCUCAUUCUCCACCCCACAGAAAGCUCAACCUUCCCCUACCCCCACCUCCCGGGAUGCAUUAAAUUAGAUUGGACCCCACCCAAAGACCAAAGCCGAGGACCCCAGGAGUCCAAGGAGAGCAAAUGUCUGUGGAGCAGAAAGUACUUCAGUAAGGCGACACCUGUCUCUCAUCCACUGACCUCCGACCUCUCUCUUCUUCAUCUCUGCUUCCCCUACCCUGGGAUUUCUGGUCUCCAGCUGCCUUUUUGCUUGUGUAGAUGCGAAAUGGAAAGCAUCCUGUGGUAAAAUUUCAUUUUUCAACUUUAACAGCAGAAAAAAAAAUAAAGUUUACAAAAGCUGUUUCGGUCAAA